AUGCAUACUUGCCUUGAAAAACGCGAUCUUGCAUCAUUUGCUAUUCUCGACGGACAUGAUAGGCACGUUGUUUUAGCUCCUGAUCUUCCUACUUGGGAUGAGAAUCAACCUCCACAAUAUCGUAAAUCCCCUCGUCUAUCUUAUCGAUUACUUCGCAUUCCUGACACUAAUCCCUUUGCUGUUGAAUUACAAAUGGGUCGCGGCCUUCCACAAAUAAAUGUUGACCUUGAUGGCCAAGUGCCUUCUAUUAGUCUACCGAUGAAUACUUCUUCCCCUAUUCGUUCUGCAGCUUGGAAAUUUCACUGGCCCGUUGUUAGCCGAGGGACAUGUGCCUGCGUUGGCAUAAAAAUUCACCCCAAUACUCCUGAUUCUCCUGUUGAUGGACUCCUGUAUUGGGAUUUCGCCUCGGUUUCGCCGAAUCGAUUUAGCGCUCUUAGCAAUAAUGAGUCUCUAGUCGCAGCAGAUUUUACGAUGACUUUGACGGUGCUAUGGAAAGGCCAUAGUUUGUUGGAAGCCUCUCUCACCUAUCAUUUUGUUGAUCUUCCACCGAAUGCAGCUCUAGCUCUUCGAAGAGAGAUUUGGCUUGGUCAUUCCUCUGCAUCUUCCAUUACCAUAACCCCUUUUAUAUCUACUGCUUGGGGCUAUGCUCAGAAUACAAAUGAAAUGUCAGAGCAUGAGGUUAAUACAGAAAGUCUUUCUAUGGACGUUAGAGGAAUAAAUCACACUGAAGGUGGUUGGCCGAAAGAUGUCAAUUACAAUGAACCCGAACAAGUCCUGCGAUAUAGAAAAAAGCUCGAAAAGGACGAACAAUAUACAACAAUAUUGCAUUCGUUGGCUAACUCUGUUGAGCAUUGUAUAAAGCAAAAUAACGCCUUAAAUAUCUACGAAGACUAUUUCAACGAUAUUGAAUAUAAUGCUUCCGAGGAACCACCUUCGGCUAAAAUUGUGAAUGUUUUUCGGUAUGGUAUAAAUUAUAUAAAUCAAUUAACUCCAAUGACGUCUAGUGAUAUGAACGAUAUAAAACGAACAGCAAGCUAUGUGUGUUGGUUUCCGGAAUCUCCAACAAAAAUUGCUGUCGCUUAUAGCAAUACAGGAUUUUUAUCGAAUUCACAAGACGUAUCCCUCGAUUCUUACAUUUGGGAUUUUGCAAAUCCAAGCAAACCUGACCUUGUUUUGAGUCCUCCAUCAGCUUUGGUGUGUGUUGAGUUUAAUCCGAAGGAUGCUCAUUCGCUUAUCGGAGGUUGUCUCAACGGUCAAUUAUGCCUAUGGGACCGUAGAAAAGGUUCCCAGCCUGUAGAUGUCUCCCCAAUUGAGACAAGCCAUCGCGAUCCAGCUUGGCAAGUGAUCUGGAUCCAAUCCAAAACUGGAACAGAAUUCUUCUCCACCAGCACCGAUGGGCAGGUUCUUUGGUGGGAUGUUCGCAAGUUGUCUGAACCCACUGAAGUUCUAUAUCUUGAUCCCACUAAGAAUCAGGAUUUCAACUGUUCCAUUGGAGCUUACGCCCUAGAAUAUGAAUCCAUAAUCCCGACAAAAUUCAUGGCUGGAACAGAGCAGGUCUUCUUUCUUGUCUACUUUAGAGGAAUGAUCAUCUUGUGCAAUCGCAAGGGUAAAACGGUGGCAGAAAAAGUGACCGCAGUUUUUCCUGGACACAAGGGACCCGUGUAUGCGCUACAGAGGAAUCCUUUCUUCCCCAAGUUCUUCCUUUCCGUGGGUGAUUGGUCGGCGAGGAUAUGGGCUGAGGAUAUGAGAGAUGAUCCGAUUAUGUGGACACCUUACCAUGAAUCCGCUGUGACUGAUGGCCGUUGGAGUCCCGUUCGUCCAGGUCUAUUCUUCAUUACUCGAUUGGACGGAAAUUUGGAACUCUGGGAUUUUGUUUUCAAACAACAUGAACCCACUCUUAAAUUCAAGCUCUCCGCCGGUUUUACAACUCUGUCCAAAAAUGAGAAAGCCACCGUUGCUGCUAUGUUUGAAAGGGAGUCUCAUCGAGAGAAGAUUCUGGAGACACGAGCCAAGGAACUACGAGUGAAGGCCAAACAAAAAGCUCUUGCUGAAUCUGGACCCGCAGAACUCGACGAGGAUCAGAAAACUCUAGAAGGUCCGGACAAUGUCGAAAGGUCCGGUGCAGAAGGCAAAGAGAACUUGGAUGAUGGAGAGGAAAAUGAGGGAGUAGAAGAAGAGUUAUCUCCUUCUGAACUGCUAAAAAAGAUUGAGCAGGAGUUCUUUGAUCAAAUAGAAGAGGAAAAACAAAGGAGGCAGGAGGAGAAAAGCCAAAGAAAUCAACGUCUGGAAUCUCUAAGUGGAGGUGACAAUGACUUUGUAGAGGACGGAGAAGAGGAGGAAGAUGAGGACCUUAAUCAACCUACUGCGAAUGCAACUGAAGAGGAAGCAACAGAGAAUUUCGAAGACCCUGAAGCACCCGAGGACGAACAAAUUCAUGAAAAUACACUUUCUGAAUAG